CUGUGGGUCAAGUGCUGAAGUGGACAGCUGUGCAGCAAUGGGAGACGAGAGGGGCAUGACACGAACACUGCUGGAAUGCAGUCUCAGCGACAAGCUGUGUAUUGUCCGGGAGCAGCAGUAUGAAAUCAUCAUCGUCCCAACCCUCCUGGUGGGCAUCUUCCUCAUCCUCCUUGGGGUCAUCCUGUGGCUUUUUAUCAGAGAACAAAGAGCCCAACAACAGCCUCCUGGACGCCGAGGCAUUGCCCAUGUGCCAUCUUCUAGAGGUGUAAGCCGGGAAGCAGCAGCACAUGGAGGAAGUGUGUUUGUACCACUUAAGGAGACAUCAGUGGAAAGCCUUCUACAAACUUCCACACGUGCCCUGGCCAAGCUGCAGGUGCCCCGGGAGCAACUCUCUGAAGACCUGGAGCAAAUCCACAAUGGUAGUUAUGGGGCCAUCUAUCGGACCAAGAUAUAUACUGGGGACCCUGCUAAGGCCAAGAGUGUUGUCCUCAAGGCUUUAAAAGAGCCAGCCGGGCUCCAAGAGGUGCAGGAUUUCUUAGGCCGAAUCCAAUUCUAUCAGUACCUGGGCAAGCACAAGAACCUGGUACAGCUGGAAGGCUGCUGCACAGAAAAGCUGCCGCUCUACGUGGUGCUGGAGGACGUGGCCCCGGGGGACCUGCUCAGCUUUCUCUGGACCUGUCGCCGGGACGUGAUGACCAUGGAUGGCCUUCUCUAUGACCUCACAGAAAAACAAAUAUAUCACAUUGGGAAGCAGGUUCUCUUGGCUUUGGAAUUUCUCCAGGAGAAGCAUCUGUUCCAUGGGGAUGUGGCAGCCAGGAACGUCCUGAUCCAGUGCGAUCUCACCGCUAAGCUCUGUGGCCUGGGCCUGGCUUAUGAGCUCCACUCCCGAGGGGCCAUCUCCUCUACUGGCUCGGUACCUCUCAAGUGGCUCGCCCCGGAGCGGCUUCUGCUGAGAGCAGCCAGCAUCAAAGGAGACGUCUGGUCCUUUGGGCUCCUGCUCUAUGAGAUGGUGACUCUAGGGGCACCUCCAUACCCCGAAGUCCCUCCUACCAGCAUCCUGCCGUAUCUCCAAAGAGGGAAGAUGAUGAAGAGACCCAGUAGCUGCACACACACCAUGUAUGGUCUCAUGAAGUCCUGCUGGCGAUGGAGCGAGGACAGCCGCCCGUCACUUGAAGAGCUACGCUCACGCCUGGAAACUGCCGCUCGAACAGCAAACGACAAGGCUGUGCUGCAGGUACCAGAGCUGGUGGUGCCGGAACUGUAUGCAGCCGUGGCUGGCAUCAGCGUGGAGAGUCUCUCCUACACCUACAGCAUCCUCUGAUGAUCCUGCGGCAACACACACUUCUGGGCGAUCAGAUACUCUUGGAACCAAUUCCUCCAAGAACAGAGAAUAGACUUUCUAGUGGGACAUAAAGGGAGAAAUGGACAUGGAUCCUGGAUUUUCUCCCACAUAUUUCCCUAGAAACCUGAAAUGAUGGUAGAUAAGGCUGCACAUGCCGUAGAAUCCUUGAGACUGAGAAAUAUAAUUUCAUUUCUCUGUUAAAUUUCUGCUGUCCAGGUCUGAAGACACAGGGUAGAUGGGGUGGACAGUGUCAUUGCAAGGGAGGUUUUAGAAAUCUGCAGUGUUUGUCUUAGCAUGGCACAGAUAAUCCACCCGCCACAGGCUGGUUUCCUCCUGAAAUGUGCUUCUAUCUAGGCAAUUAUAAGGUCCAGAACAUUGGAAUCAAAUGAGGGAAUAGAAAGCCGAUAAAGAAGUUGAUGAGAAGAAAAAUGUAGGUUCUGUUUGCUCAGGAGGGCAUCCAUUAGAGAGAAGAUGGAGGAAUGACAAGUCUUCAGUCUCGUUCCCUUCAUGCAGGGCUGGAGGAGACCCAUGAAGGAAGCUCUGAGUCUCCCCUGGGGUACAGAUAGGAGAAAUAUGAUCCCCUUUGAUCUAAUUCUGAUACAGGUAAACACUGUUGGUACUUCUUUUAACCAGAAGCUGGAGGAAUCAUUUCAUGAUUAAGAACAUUCAACAUGUUCUUAAUGUUCAUCAGGCUGGCUUCCUGGUCCCUGAGAUGAGGGAGAUUGAGCCCAAAGAGACAGUUAGGUCGGUGAUGAAUAUACUGCGUAUGUAUUUAAUAUGGGAAAUAUGGAAACCAAGCAAGAGUGCUUAGUAGAUCAGAAUGUCUUUAACAAGGGCUAGGAAAGGAUGUAAUCUGAGAUGGAAGGACGGUAGCUUCCUUCCGAUGAUGUACUGUGAACCUUGUUUCAUUAAAUUAGUAUUUAUUAAGUGAAGGUACGCUUUUCUGGUUAUACAGUUGCCAAAAUCUCUACAAUAUGGAAGACAAAAGUAAACAAAUGGAAGUUAAUGUCAAUAGAAAAAUUCAAGAGGCAAUCUACAUUGUCAGAAAAGGGAUUCCUCAGAGUUCUGCAGGGGUAACAACCCCCUCACAAGGUUGUUGUGAGGACUGAAUGAGAGUAUGCAUUUGUACAGUAUCUGGUAUGCAUUGUGUGCUCAAUAAAUGUUGAUCUCCUUACUGCCCCUCUUCCUAUCCUAGAAUUUUUCAUAUCUUUUUCGUUUAACAUCUACUGUGGCCAAGAAGAGAACCCGGGUCUGUCAGUCACACUACAAAGCAGGACACGCUUAAAGAUGAGUGUGGUACAAAUGCCACGUGACUAAAACGAUGACGGCAUUAUUUUCGUGUGAGGUCUGGAUGAUGAGUCACCUCCUACUACGUCAAAAUACUGAAAGUAUGAUGAUGAUGACAAUUCAGUUGAACAUGUGACCUGUGAUUUUAAAGAAUGCUUUGGAUACUCUAGAAGUGACACCUAAGGCUGCUAUGGGAAAGAUGACUGGCAGCUGAAAAGUUUGCAGAAGUUAGAAUCCUGAUGGAGUCAUGAUGAGCCAGCCAACUGAAUAAUGAUUCUUGCACCUGUAGCAAUACCACAGCGACUAGUCAGGAUCUGAAUGGGCGGUGAGUAGCAGCAGAGAGAAGGGGGGGUCGAGUGGCUCGGCACAAAAUGAUAAAGUCCUAUGGAAUCUCGCGGUUGCUUUUCAGCUGUUCACUUAAGUCAGAUUUUCAAAAUCUUUAUUUAUUCAUUCAACUAUUUUCAAAGAAUUGAGUGUUAAGGCCAACUGUGCCAGACACUGUGCUA